CGUGUCCGGGAGAUUGAUUGGGUGUUGAAAGGUAAGCCCAGCCCCCUUCCUCAAACGACGUUUACCUGAUAUAGCGCCUUUCACGGCGCUCGCGCGUGGCUCGUGCUGGCAGAGCGCAUUAUGCUAAUGGUGGGCCCUCCCGAUCAGCCGGCCCCGUCCUCCUCCUCCUUUAUUGAGCGCCGUCAGCCCUGUCCCGCCAUGCCCGCUGUGUGCCUCGCCGCUCCGCUCCACUCAGGAGGCGCCCGCCGGCCGGCGCUCGUGCCGCAUUGCUGGCCGCCAACAGGCUGCUGCUCGUGAGCUCCGAUUGCCGCGGCUGCUGAGUGACACCGGCAGAUGGGCGCCUGACCGCGGCGGCCCCUGGUCGCUCCCCGCGCGUCUCUCCAGCUCGUUCGCUCGCUCGCUCGCUCGCUGGCCUCAGGACGGGACGAGCCAUGCUGUCCAGGAAGGGUCUGAUUCCGGAGGACUUCGUGCUGACCCGCCUGGCCGAGGACGUCGCCCAGCCGGUGUACCGAGCCAAGACAAGGAAGGCGCGCUUCGUGGCCAAGAAUGGCGCGUGUAACGUGGCGCACACCAACAUCAGGGAGCAGGGCCGCUUCCUGCAGGACGUCUUCACCACGCUGGUGGACCUCAAGUGGAUCCACACCCUCAUCAUCUUCACCAUGUCCUUCCUGUGCAGCUGGAUGCUCUUCGGUAUGAUCUGGUGGCUCAUCGCGUUCGCGCACGGCGACCUGGACCGGGUCGGCGGCCCCCUCGAGCCCUGCGUGACCAACAUCCACUCCUUCUCGUCGGCCUUCCUCUUCUCGAUCGAGGUGCAGGUGACCAUCGGCUUCGGCGGCCGCAUGAUCACCGAGGAGUGCGUGUCCGCCAUCCUCGUACUCAUCCUGCAGAACAUCGUGGGGCUGCUCAUCAACGCCAUCAUGCUGGGCUGCAUCUUCAUGAAGACGGCGCAAGCCCACCGACGCGCCGAGACCCUCAUCUUCAGCAAGCACGCCGUCAUCGGGCUGCGCAACAAGCGCCUCUGCUUCAUGGUGCGGGUCGGGGACCUCCGCAAGAGCAUGAUCAUCAGCGCCACCAUCCGCAUGCAGGUGGUCAGGAAGACCAGCACGCUGGAGGGCGAGAUGGUGCCGCUCGACCAGAUCGACAUCCAGAUGGAGAACCCGGUGGGCAGCAACGGCAUCUUCCUCGUGUCCCCCCUCAUCAUCUGUCACGUCAUCGACAAGAGCAGCCCGUUGUACGAGUUGUCGGCCGCUGAGCUGCACCACGAGGAGCUCGAGGUGGUCGUCAUCCUGGAGGGGGUGGUGGAGACCACCGGCAUCACCACGCAAGCCAGGACCUCGUACAUCGCCGAGGAGAUCCUGUGGGGCCAGCGCUUCGUCCACAUCGUCUCGGAGGAGGAGGGUCGCUACUCGGUGGACUACUCCAAGUUCGGCAACACCGUCAAGGUGCCGACCCCCCUGUGCAGCGCCAAGCAGCUCGACGAGGACGCCAGCCAGCUCAAAGUCCGCCUCUACGACUCGGUCCCCCAAGGGCUCGCUGAGGAGGAGGAGGAAGAGCGAGGCGGUGUGGGGCCGGCAGAAGACUGUCACCAAGUGAGCGACAGCACGGGGAGUCGGUUAGCUGGCACGCCAGGCUUCCUCGGGGGGCUCCGGCGGUGCGGCGCUCUCCACUAGCGGACCCCGAAUGUGCAGACUCUGCUCGCUUCUCUUGGAUUUGCACUUUCUGGAUUUGUAAUGCUGACAAAACUGCAUGAGGGCUUUCCUGAUUCUUUUCUAAAAUGCGUUUCAUAUUUUGAAUUCAGAAGGACAAUAAAGCCUUCCUUGUUUCAGGGACCCCCCCCCUUGCCGCCUGUCAGUCUGUCCGUCAGUCUGUCUGUGUCUCAGCCCCCAGGUAACACACGCGAUCGGGACGAGCGGCACCUUCAGGUGCCUCGGUUACUGUCAGCUGCAUCAAAGGAUACAUGAUACAAGGUACAUGAACUCAUUUUAAUAACCGGCGGGGGAAAAAGAACAGCACGGAACCCACGGGGCUUUCUGACUGACCGGAUUAGCCAAAUCAGACGGGGUGGCGCGAUGUCGCCGUCUAGCGGUAAUGUCUUAUAACAGCUCGAAAAGCGACUGCCCUGCGGUGCUUAGUGUUUUGGCCUUCGGAUUUGUUAUGCGUUUGUAAUUCUUAAAUAUGUCGUUUUGUAUUAUGUAUUAACGCUGACUCUAUCAACUUGUAUACCUGUAUUCAUUUUAAUAUUAUACGUAUUCAUAAACUCAUUUCAAUAACCGACACGGACUUGCGAGUGGGGAAAACUGCAGCGCGCAGCCUGCGGUGCUUUGUUUGGCUUGACUCGCACAUCAAGAGAGACGCGGCGCAUUGUCGCCAUCUAGCGAUUAAGUUUGAUUAUAUAUCGAUAGCGUGUAGUCUGUGCAGCUUUCUGUUUUGACCUUCAGGUUUUUGAUUUGUUUUUACCUCUUAAUUAGCUAGUUUCUCAGUUUAUGUUAUAUAUAGUAUAUAUUACAGCAAUUAUCAACUUAUGCCAAUUAUCAAAUUAUAUUGACGCAUUUUAAUAACUAGCAUGCGCUUUCGAGUGAAAAAAUGACAGCGCGCGCAUUUCGAUGUUUUCUGUUUAACUUCAAUAGCGAAGCUAAAUGGACGUGGCGCAAUGCUGCCAUCUAGCGGUACUGUCCUAUGAUACAGGUAUAAUUCGCCGGCUUUGAUCCUGCGGUGUUUCUGUUGAACUUCACUGGCGAAGCUAAACAGACAUGGCGGAAUGACUUUUUAUGCAUUUAAGAUUUGAAUUCAAAAGGACAAUAAAGUCUUUUCCUAUUU